CAAAAUCAAACAAUUGAAGAAGAAACCUAACUUAUUUUUCUCUCUCCAAGAAAAAGAAAACACAGAAGGAGGAGACACCAAAGCGUUUACCUUGUUGUUGUGGAAUCUCUCUCUCUCUCUGUUCAGUCUCCAUUGUUGUUAGUUUGUUUGGAUUCAUACCAGUUUCUUUCUUGUAUGCUGCAGAAGCUAAAAGCGAUAAUCUUUCUGGGUUAAUAAAGAAAAAAGAAUGAGUCUUCUCAAUGUGAGUGCAGUAAGGGCUCACACCCAAUCCUCAUCGUUUAUCAUUCCAGCUAUUUCAACCUCUUCUUCGCUUCCCAAAUUCAUCAGAUAUCAUCCUCUCAACCACAACUACAAUUCACUUCGUUUGCUUUCUCCCACUUUCAAUCUUCGAUUUCCAAUCUCUGCAAUUCUCACCCGAGAAGAGACAGUCAAGAAUGAAGGAGAAGGUGAAACAAAGGUACCCUCUUUCAAUUUCAAGUCUUACAUGUUGGAGAAAGCCAAUUCAGUGAACCAAGCCCUCGAAAAAGCUGUCAUUUUGCGUGAACCCUUCAAGAUCCACGAGUCUAUGCGUUAUUCCCUCCUCGCCGGCGGUAAGCGCGUCAGACCCGCACUUUGCAUCGCCGCCUGCGAACUAUUUGGGGGUUCGGAAUCAAUCGCGAUGCCGUCCGCGUGCGCGGUGGAAAUGAUUCACACUAUGUCUCUUAUGCACGACGAUCUACCUUGUAUGGACAACGACGAUCUCCGACGAGGGAAACCCACGAAUCACAAGAUCUUCGGCGAGGACGUUGCGGUCUUGGCAGGCGAUGCCCUCCUGGCCUUCGCCUUUGAGCACAUCGCUACUGCUACAGCCAAGGAGGGUGUGCAGUCCGGGAAAAUCGUCCGCGCCGUAGGGGAGCUGGCGAAAUCGAUUGGGUCGGAAGGUUUGGUUGCAGGACAGGUGGUGGAUAUAUGUUCAGAAGGAUCUUCGGAUGUUGGAUUGGAGGAUCUGGAAUUCAUUCACCUCCAUAAGACGGCUGCGUUGCUGGAGGCAUCGGUGGUUCUGGGAGCAAUUGUGGGAGGUGGGUCGGACGAGGAGAUUGAGAAACUUAGGAAAUUCGCAAGAUGCAUCGGACUGUUGUUUCAGGUGGUGGAUGAUAUCCUAGAUGUGACGAAAUCUUCUGAAGAACUUGGAAAGACUGCCGGAAAGGAUCUGGUGGCAGAUAAAGUUACAUACCCGAAGCUAAUUGGGAUUGAGAAAUCGAGAGAAUUUGCAGAGAAAUUGAACAAUGAUGCUAAAGGUCAGUUGAGUGAGUUUGAUGAACAUAAGGCUGCUCCAUUGAUUGCUCUAUCAAAUUACAUUGCUUACAGGCAAAAUUAGUAUUGUCUUUUUCUCUUCUUCUUCUUCAUUUAUGAUUUUAGCAUUCAAAUGUGAUAGAAGAUCUGCAAAAAUGCAAAACUGGUGCAAGGGCAACAACAUUUCUCUGUUGUAAGCAUUAUACCUGAUGUUUCCCUAUUAUCAUAGCAAUGUUUGUUAACAUAU